UGUGGAGUGCUGUGGAAGCGUCCAAUCUGGCUGUCGUUACAUGCGGCUCUGUAGUGAAGCUACUCAAUACGCGCCACAACGUGCGACUGCACUCACACGACGUGCGAUAUGGGUCAGAUGAGGAAACAAACUCAAAUAAAUCACAUGCUCAGAGCCUUGCAGCUAGUGAAUGACAGAGACGGGGUUCGAACCAAAUCUGUCCAGUUUCAAAGCCUGCUUUCAGCUACUCCAGGCUGGCACUACUCAGUGCGGGAGAGACAGACAUGUAGAAAAUUACAGUAGUGGGCAGCAGUCAGUGACAGGUGUAACCUCUGUGGAUGACAGCAAUAGUUACUGGAGGAUACGGGGGAAGACCGCUACAGUGUGUGAGAGGGGAACCCCCAUCAGAUGUGGCCAACCCAUCCGGCUGACACAUGUCAACACUGGCCGAAAUCUCCAUAGUCACCACUUCACCUCACCUCUUUCUGGGAACCAGGUGUGGUGGCAUCCUGAAGUGAGCGCUUUUGGUGAGGAGGGUGAAGGCGAUUAUCUGGAUGACUGGACAGUGCUCUGUAAUGGCCCCUACUGGGUGAGGGAUGGUGAGGUGCGGUUCAAGCAUUCUUCCACUGAAGUUCUGCUGUCUGUCACCGGAGAACAAUACGGUCGACCCAUUAGUGGGCAAAAAGAGGUACAUGGCAUGGCCCAGCCUAGCCAGAACAACUACUGGAAAACCAUGGAAGGCAUCUUCAUGAAGCCCACUGAGUUGUUAAAGACAGAAGCUCAUCACGCAGAGCUAUGAGUCUGGAAGCUGUGAGCCAGUGCCACCGCACAGUGUUCAUGACAUUUGCUGCUGCUGCUCCACCUUGGGAUCCCUGCCACAGGUUCCCCGGGCAGUGGCCUUGUCACCACUGAGAUGAAGAUGCAUGACAGAAUACAGUGGCUGUGGCUGGAAGCUUCAGCCCUUCACACUUGAAUUGGUUGUUCUCCCAGACUUUGGGUCAGUUCUUUUUGAGUACAGGACUUGCUGGUGAAGGAGCACAUACUUUUUGUUCGUAUUGAUAAAACAGAAACUGAGGGAGAUACGUCUCUUAGUUGGGAAAUUUUUACUCCUCAGAAGCUUGGCAUCAUGGAUUAUUGAUGUGUGACUUUUCUCCUACUUUCUCCAGAAUGAUAAAGAAUUUCAUUAUUAGUCAUCAUGUUGUCAUUUAUUAGGUGUGCUAUUUCAUAAUCUGAUUGAUCCUUGAGUCUUACAAGAGUCACCGCUACUACUCUUAAGAUGCCAGAAACCUUUGGUGUGGCCCUUUUAAGAGCCUUAUUUGCAUCCAAACCUUUUCUCUGUUUCCACUUUCCGAGCACCUCAGUUUUACUAGAUUUUUGACUAAUUAUGGCUAAAGACCCUCAAGGAAUACAGCUUAAUAAAUAGCCAAUAAAAUGUUUUACUCUGAA